CCCGGACGGUCGCUCAGAGUGCGUGUCGCCGCCGAUUGGUCCGUGCGCAGCGGGAAGAUGGCACUGGCAGACUCCGGGCGCGCGGACUCGCCUUUCUCCGAGAUCAUCGAGCUGAACGUCGGCGGGCAGGUUUACGUCACCAGACACAAAACUCUGGUGGCGGUGCCAGACUCGCUGCUGUGGAACAUGUUCAGCAAGAGCUCACCCAAGGAGUUGGCCAGAGACAGCAAGGGGCGCUUCUUCCUGGACAGGGACGGCUUCUUGUUCCGCUACAUCCUCGAUUACCUCCGAGAUCUCAACUUGGUCCUUCCGGACUAUUUCCCCGAGAAGAGCCGGCUGCAGAGGGAAGCGGAUUUCUUCCAGCUGCGUGACCUCUCCAGGCGCCUCAGCCCGCGCGUCAGCAAGGAGAACUCCAUCAGCGAGGACAUCAGCCAGAGCGACACCGAGGACGCGGCGCAGCAGGGUGGUUUGGACACUUUACGCACGGCGGCAGCAGCGGCGGUGGCCACCGGCGGCGCCACGCGCUCCCCGUCACUGGACUCCAGAAAGUCGGGCUACAUCACGGUAGGAUACCGGGGCUCCUACACCAUCGGCAGAGACAUCCAAAGCGAUGCCAAGUUCCGCAGAGUGGCGCGCAUCACCGUUUGUGGCAAAACGUCUCUGGCCAAAGAGGUCUUUGGAGACACGCUGAACGAGAGCAGAGACCCCGACCGGCCCCCGGAGAGGUACACCUCCCGGUACUACCUGAAGUAUAAUUUUCUCGAGCAGGCUUUCGACAAGCUGACAGAGGUAGGCUUUCACAUGGUGGCCUGCAGCUCCACGGGCACGUGCGCCUACACCAGCAGCGACCCGAACGAGGACAAAAUCUGGACCAGCUACACCGAGUACGUUUUCUGUCGGGAAUAAGGCAGAAAACCAGCCCCGAGAGGUCAUCAGACAUUUCAGAACAUAGAAUCUGUUUUUCUUGUUGUUUGUCAAAGGUGAUUAUCCCAUUUUAACAAACACAAUUAACAUUUUUCUCAAUUAACAGAGGCGUAGCCAGAGCGGGGCGUAGCAACCAAUAAGCACACUUCAGGUCGUGGUGAACUUUAUCCAACAGCCUGCUCAGGGUGUUGGAAAUAUUCCCAAAUCAUCACUUUUUAUCCAAAACUGAAGCACACUGAGCAUCUGAUGAUAUCUGUAACUUUUUGAUUUAAAAACCUUGCCAGUUGUGUACUGAUUGGCCUUUUUUUGUUGCCUGUUUUGACAUGAUUUCUUCUGCAGCUGGACACUAAAAAAAAAAAAAAUGGAUCAUAAGGAUGAGGAACUUUUCCACCUGCACCAUUGAUGUUUAAUUUUCUGCAAAAAAUCUUUAAAAUGGCAAAGAUUGAAGUCACGUACAAUUUUUUACAUAUUCAAAACUAAAAUCCACACACAUUUAAUAGUUUUGAAAUUUUGAGUAUUGCGCCUGGGUCCAUUCAAAUAAUCACUUGAAGUUACACUGAAAUGAAAAACCGACUUAGUUCUUGUAUAAAAUUGGAAUUUGCUGAUUAUCAUGAUGAAUCAAAUUAUUGUUACACCCCCCCCCCCCCCCAUUUUUUUGAAUCCAUAAACUUAAGUGUGAAAUAGUUUUACUGAUCCAAGGGGGAUGAGGACACCAAUUCAUAUUAUUUGACACUUCAAAUCACUCUUUAAUUGUAGAACUUCAACACAACCAAACAUGGAUGAUGUUCACCUACCAGAGGUGUGUUUACACAUCAUUUGAAGUAAUUAUUUCCAUUUCCAGCAACAAUACAGUUGUUUUCGAAAUUGUCCAAAUCCAAAUACAUCAAAAUGUGUAUCCACAGUGCCGCCCCAUGCUCACCAAGCCCCGCCCACUUUCAGACUGUCAGCUCAAACAAGGGCUGACAUAAAGUCCUGCGCAAAUUAUGUUUAUAUUUACAUUAUGUUAAAUAUGCAACGUGUUAGAGACGCAGUUAUCAUUUCAUUGUAACGUUCAACCGCGUUUUUGCAGUAAAACCGUUCAAAUUUGUUGAACUUUAACCAUGCAGCCAAUGAGCGGACUGUAGGGCGGUGACUGUGCUCACAAUGGAGGACAUGCUAAUGCUAAUCACGCCUAAAAAUGCAAACAAACAGUCAUCGCAUCUCAAAAUAGUUUGAAGUUUAAAAUAAGUAUAGUUGAGCUAACGACAACAAUGUUUAGCCAAGGAUGCAAAGCAGAAAAUAAAUGAUAGCACCACCAGCAGGUCUGGAGUGGUAAAGAUCUGUGCUGACCACUGCAGUAUCCAGAGCGCAAAAUUGCAAUAAUAAUGGUGAUUCAAAUUCCUGACAAGUUUGCAUGCAUGAAACAAACUAUACACAUUAAAUAUAAAGCAGUAUUAAGUAGUAAUCUUGUGUAAUAAUACUCAAAUACCUGUUCUGCAUAGACUGAAUUAAAGAUCAGCCGGUUGAUAAACAGCACCGCCUCCUGGCUAUGCUUCAAAGUGCCAUAUUAUGUAAAUAGAAUUGUCAGAUUAUAGAUGAAUAUGUCUUUCAAAGCUACUGCAUUUCUCGUUUUCCAAAAGUGAUGAACUUUUUUUUUAACCCAACAGAAUUAUGUGUUCAUGGAGACAAAAUUGAUUUUACACGUGAUUUUUUUCCCUCAUGUAAAGAGGAUUAAAAAGUGAGCAGUGCAUCAUCAAACUCCGACAAAAGACCAUAAUCUGCAGCUUGUACAUCUACAUGUUUCAGUCACAUCUGACUCAAAAAAAAAAA